AUGACGGCCAUCGUCGCCUUCUGCUCGUCUAUCCACACCGCGGCCAUCACCGCCGUUGCCAACGACCUCGACUGUUCCAUCACCGUCUCGACCCUCGGCGUGAGCACGUUUCUGAUAGGCUUCGCCUCUGGGCCGUUGCUAUUCGCUCCGCUGUCCGAGAUGUACGGGCGCAACCCCAUCUACCGCAUCACGUUUCUCCUCUUUGCCGUCUUCAACCUCGGAUGCGCCCUUUCGCCCAACAUUGCGUCGCUGCUGGUGUUUCGAUUCCUCUGCGGCUUCUUUGGCUCUCCGACCGUCACCAACUCGGGCGGAUCGAUAUCCGAUCUUUGGCCGCCGAGUCAUCGCUCUGUGCCUCUGGCCAUGUUUAUAGCCGGCAGCUUCAUCGGGCCAGUCACGAGCCCCAUUGCCGGCGGCUUUCUCACAGAGAACUUUUGGCUCGUGGUCAUGAUGAGCGGAACAGUUUACGUCCUCAUGUUUCUCUUUCUACCCGAGACCUAUCAGCCGCGGCUGCUGCAGGAAAAGGCGACCAGGCUUGGUAUCAACGCCUCGCAGCCAGGCCUGAGUGAAAUGCUCCGCGCCAGUCUCACGCGACCCAUCGCCAUGUUCCUCACGGAGCCCAUUCUCUUCCUCCUGUCCCUUUACUUGGCCUUUUUGUACGGCAUUCUGUAUCUGGACUUUACCGCGUACCCGUUUGUCUUUGUGCAGACGAGGCAGUGGGACGCCGCCCAGGCAAGCCUCUCGUUCCUAGGCAUCGGCGCUGGAAUGGCCAUUGCGACCGUCGCAUCGCCAUAUAUCAAUCGCGUCUACGCACACUAUACUGAGAAAUGGGGCGAGCCAAGGCCGGAAGCGCGUCUUCCUCAUCUCGUUUUGCUGUCAUGGCUCAUUCCCGUCGGCCUAUUCUGGUUCGCCUGGACGUCCACACCAUCGAUUCACUGGGCGAGCUGCAUAGUCGCCGGCGUCCCCUUUGGCAUAGGAUUUGUAACCUUGUUCCUGGGAAUCACCUCCUAUCUAAUUGAUUGCUACGGGCGAUACUCUGCGAGCGCGCUCGCAGCAAACGCCAUCCUUCGAGCGCUUUUCGGUGCUGCCUUUCCGCUCUUCGCCCGCCAAAUGUAUGACACUUUGGGGUCGGCUUGGUCGACCUCGAUUCUGGGCUUCUUUGCCGUGGCCAUGGCCCCCAUGCCGUACAUAUUCUUCAGGUUUGGCCCGAGCAUCCGAGCUAGGUCGAGGUUCCAUCAGAGGACGCUCCAAGAAGAAGGGAUGCAGGUAGGCGGGACUUCUGGUCUCUCCGAGUGA